AUGAGGUCCGGACCCGGGGAACACCGGACCCGUGGAACACCGGACCCGUGGAACACCGGACCCGUGGAACACCGGACCCGGGGAACACCGGACCCGGGGAACACCGGACCCGGGGAACUCCGGACCCGGGGAACACCGGACCCGUGGAACACCGGACCCGGGGAACACCGGACCCGUGGAACACCGGACCCGGGGAACACCGGACCCGUGGAACACCGGACCCGUGGAACACCGGACCCGGGGAACACCGGACCCGUGGAACACCGGACCCGGGGAACUCCGGACCCGGGGAACAUGGGACCCGGGGAACACCGGACCCGGGGAACACCGGACCCGGGGAACCACCGGACCCGGGAACACCGGACCCGGGGAACACCGGACCCGGGAACACCGGACCCGGGGAACGGACCGGGGAACCCGGGAACACCGGACCCGGGGAACACCGGACCCGGGAACACCGGACCCGGGGAAACCGGACCGGGGAACACCGGACCCGGGGAACACGGACCGGGGAACACCGGACCCGGGGAACACGACCGGGACCGGACCGGACCGGGGAACACCGGACCCGGGGAACACCGGACCGGGGAACACCGGACCCGGGGAACACCGGACCCGGGGAACACCGGACCCGGGGAACCACGGACCGGGAACACCGGACCGGGGAACUCCGGACCCGGGGAACACCGGACCCGGGGAACACCGGACCCGGGGAACACCGGACCCGGGAACACCGGACCCGGGGAACACCGGACCCGGGGAACACCGGACCGGGAACACCGGACCCGGGGAACACCGGACCCGGGAACACCGGACCCGGGGAACACCGGACCCGGGGAACACCGGACCCGGGGAACACCGGACCCGGGGAACACCGGACCCGGGGAACACCGGACCCGGGGAACACCGGACCCGGGGAACACCGGACCCGGGAAAGACCCGGGACCCCGGGGAACACCGGACCCGGGGAACACCGGACCCGGGAACACCGGACCCGGGGAACACCGGACCCGGGGAACACCGGACCCGGGGAACACCGGACCCGGGGAACACCGGACCCGGGGAACACCGGACCCGGGGAACACCGGACCCGGGGAACACCGGGACCCCGGGAACACGGACCGGGAACACCGGACCCGGGGAACACCGGACCCGGGGAACACCGGACCCGGGGAACACCGGACCCGGGGAACACCGGACCCGGGGAACACCGGGACCCGGGGAACACCGGACCCGGGGAACACCGGACCCGGGGAACACCGGACCCGGGGAACACCGGACCCGGGGAACACCGGACCCGGGGAACACCGGACCCGGGGAACACCGGACCCGGGGAACUCCGGACCCGGGGAACACCGGACCCGUGGAACACCGGACCCGGGGAACUCCGGACCCGGGGAACACCGGACCCGGGGAACACCGGACCCGGGGAACACCGGACCCGGGGAACACCGGACCCGGGGAACACCGGACCCGGGGAACACCGGACCCGGGGAACACCGGACCCGGGGAACACCGGACCCGGGGAACACCGGACCCGGGGAACACCGGACCCGGGGAACACCGGACCCGGGGAACACCGGACCCGGGGAACACCGGACCCGGGGAACACCGGACCCGGGGAACAUCGGGCCGACCCCCUCAUUUUAUUCUCAAAUCCCGGCUUGUACUGGUGCGUCCGAAACGCAAGUGCGUCCAAAACGCAAGUGCGACAACAAACGCAAGUGCGUCCCCAAACGCAAGUGCGACAACAAACGCAAGUGCGACAACAAACGCAAGUGCGUCCCCAAACGCAAGUGCGACCCAAACGCAAGUGCGACCCAAACGCAAGUGCGACCCAAACGCAAGUGCGUCCGAAACGUAAGUGCGUCCGAAACGCAAGUGCGUCCAAAACGCAAGUGCGACAACAAACGCAAGUGCGUCCCCAAACGCAAGUGCGACAACAAACGCAAGUGCGACCCAAACGCAAGUGCGACCCAAACGCAAGUGCGACCCAAACGCAAGUGCGACCCAAACGCAAGUGCGACCCAAACGCAAGUGCGACCCAAACGCAAGUGCGUCCCCAAACGCAAGUGCGACAACAAACGCAAGUGCGAUCCAAACGCAAGUGCGAGACCAAACGCAAGUGCGAGACCAAACGCAAGUGCGACACCAAACGCAAGUGCGAGACCAAACGCAAGUGCGACCCAAACGCAAGUGCGACACCAAACGCAAGUGCGACCCAAACGCAAGUGCGACCCAAACGCAAGUGCGAGACCAAACGCAAGUGCGACCCAAACGCAAGUGCGACCCAAACGCAAGUGCGACACCAAACGCAAGUGCGACCCAAACGCAAGUGCGACCCAAACGCAAGUGCGACACCAAACGCAAGUGCGACCCAAACGCAAGUGCGACCCAAACGCAAGUGCGACACCAAACGCAAGUGCGACACCAAACGCAAGUGCGUCCUAA